AUGGAAGAAGCGUUGGCUAGACAUGAUCGCUUUGGAGAGGACUUCAGCAAGGUAUUCACUAUAAUAAACUCUGCGGAGAUCCCUGCGGUUGAGAAUAGCGCCUUAUAUUUAUUCGUGGGCACUUCAAGAGCUCCCGAUGAGGCGUCGAAGUAUGUUCGCGAUCGGGUCGCCCAGAACGCUCAGUCUAGUACUUUAGAGGAGACUCUUCAUUCAAUACACGAAGAGUUAAAGAUCCUAUCAAAGAAGAUGACCCGAGAGGAUCCCAUGAAUUUGGACCCAGAGAUUGAGGCUGCGCUUUAUGAGCGUGAUGGUGGUUGCUGUUUCAUCACCGGCCGUACCGCAGGCGUUCAGCCCAUAUAUAUCAUUCCUCCAUCGAUUCUGGAAGACAAAGAUCUACAGCCAGGGGGCUACCUACGUCCGCUUCUCGAGGUUUCCCUGACCAAAGAAGGAACUGAACAGAUGCUCAAUCUACUAGGGUUGCCUGGUAGAGAGAAUGUUCUCAAAAACCUCAUUCUAAUGGAGCCCUCGAUCCGAUACUCUUUUCGCCAUGGAUAUUUUGAGAUCAUCAAGUCACCAUACUUGGAGCCUCCAUAUUUACCAACGGACGCCCCAAAAUCCAAGAAUGGUGGAUGGUGGCUUCAGCCCAUCGCCCCUCAGUCGGAGGUACCACAAAUAAUACCUCGCAACAAUGAACUAUACAAGGUCCCGUCGACGAUAAAUCCUAUUAGCCAUCCAUUGCCCGCACGUCUGCUCCUAAAAACCCAUGGAAUUGUUAGCCACCCACUGCACACUAUUUAUAUUGAAGAGCAAAUAAAAGCAGGUUGGCCCGUUGAACCGGAGCCCAAGGAACUGAACUGGGUUGGAAGGCUUCUUCUCCAAAUCCUCCUACGCCUUAUACCCAACUUUGCACGCAUACGGCUUUAUGAAUUGAUUUACAAGAUGGUAGAUUAUUGGGAUCCUAGCCAAAAAGGCUCCCACGUGAAAUUUCUUCCACUAGGCCUUGUUCUCAAGAAGGGCCGCGAAAAUACCGAGAAUGAAGCCAAAGCUCUGACAUUGGCGGAACAGUAUAUAUCGAUUAGUACACCGCGAUUAAUCGACUCAGUCAUGGUCAAUAAAACGUCGGGUUUUAUCUUAAUGACUAAAGUUGUUGGACGCAGUCUAAGCAGCAUACUCCAUCGCAUUACAUGGGAAGAACUAGAACAGAUAGGUAAAGACCUAGCUAACUUCAUUACCGAGUUGCGACGAAUACCAAAUAGCUCAAAGUACCUUAUUGCAGAUACACGAGGGGGCCCAAUCAGCGACCACAGGUUCUUCUAUCAGACCUGGGGUCCAUUUAAAACAGUCUCUGGUUUCACUGACCGUCUCCUUCAAGAUGUCAAAGGAGCUAGAGACAAACCACCACUCUCUUUUUUGUACGAAAAAAAGCAUAAAGUUUACUUUACCCACUCCGACAUACAUAUGACCAAUUUAUUUGUCACUUGCGGGAGGUUAUCAGGUGUUGUUGACUGGGAAAAUGCUGGCUUUAAGCCCGAGUAUUGGGAGUACAUCCGGGCAAUGUGGGCAUAUGGAGCAGAUAAGCAUGCAAAAUGUCUAUAUGGCUCUGCUUUCGGUGAUAAGUACAAGGAAGAAGGAGGUAUCGAAAUCACUGCAGUUUGGAUUGGUUUCAGUCUAACAACCUUUUCUGGAUUUUCGGGGCUCAUUUUCGAACAGCUAAUUCGGCUGCGGAAUGAAUAUCUUCCAUUGGCCCAAGGCAAGAUAUCUCCAGAUGUCAACCCCGGUCAUCUUUGUUCUACGGCCAAAACUAGCUAUACAAGUGCAUUUGCGCGGUGGGAGGCAGUGCCUGCAAGACCUAUGCCAACCUCCCAAUCAGGUCCCAUCACGGCAAAGGAUGCCUUUAAAGGUUAA